UUUCUUCUUACGGCCCAAAGCCGAUGAUUGGUUCCGCUGCUGAAUAAAUCUCUGUUAAUUCGCCGGUGAAAGGGAACGAAAUCAUGAAGUAUUCAACUCAAAUUUCGUGAUUUUUCUGAAUUUAGGGCGAUGACGGGAAACGAAUUUCGGUUUUUUCUGUCGUGCGAUAUUAAUCUGCCGGUUACCUUCAAAAUCGAGAGAUUGGAAGGGAAAUUGUCUCCCCGGAAGUCUGCUGAUUCAGUUGAUGGAGAAAGUGGACUAGAGGAAUGCAAACCGGAGCUGUUCGUCGAGUGUUUGUUGUAUAUCGAUGGUGCACCAUUUGGACUCCCGAUGAGAACAAGGUUGGAAUCCGUCGGACCAUUGUAUUGUUGGAAUGAACUUAUUACAUUGAGUACUAAAUAUCGCGACUUGACAUCAAAUACACAGCUUGCUUUUACUGUGUAUGAUGUUUCAUGUGGGAAAAAUGAGGAAGUAGUUGGUGGGGCAACCAUUCAUCUUUUUAACGUGAAGAAACAGCUCAAGACCGGGAAACAUAAGCUUAGGCUUUGGGCAGGCAAAGAAGCAGAUGGCUCUAUAAACACAACUACUCCUGGAAAGGUUCCUAAGGAGGAGAGAGGAGAGUUAGAGCGACUGGAAAAACUUGUGAACAAGUAUGAAAGAGGACAAAUUCAAAGAAUUGAUUGGCUGGACCGGCUUGCAUUCAAAGCCAUGGAGAAAAUUAAAGAACGAGAAAGCAUUAAAAAUGGGAGUUCCCAUUUGUAUGUCAUUGUCGAUUUCUGCAGCUUUGAGCAUCGAGUUGUUUUCCAGGAGUCUGGAGCAAACUUCUUAAUUCCAUCCCCUAUAGCUUCAAGAAACGAGCUGGUUACAGUGUGGGACCCUGAAGUAGGAAAAAUUAACCCCUCUGAGCACAAGCAACUCAAGCUGGCGAGAAGUUUAAAUCGUGGCAUCAUUGAUAGGGAUCUUAAACCCAGCUCUACAGAAAGGAAGUCCAUACAAAGAAUAUUAAGAUAUCCGCCAACAAGGACUUUAACUGGGGAAGAGAAGCAGCUCCUCUGGAAAUUUCGUUUUUCCUUGAUGUCUGAGAAAAGAGCCCUGACUAAAUUUUUGCGUUGUGUCGAAUGGAGUGAUGUUCAGGAAGCAAAGCAAGCAUUAGAACUGAUGGGAAAGUGGGAAACAAUUGACGUUGCUGAUGCAUUGGAGCUUCUAUCCCCGGUCUUUGAGAGUGAAGAGGUCCGUGCAUAUGCCGUGAGUGUUCUUGAAAGAGCUGAUGAUGAUGAGCUCCAGUGCUACCUGCUGCAGUUGGUACAAGCUCUUCGUUUUGAGCGUACUGACAAGUCUCGCCUGAGUCAUUUCCUUGUGCAACGCUCAUUAUGCAACAUUGAGUUAGCUAGUUUUCUCCGGUGGUAUGUAGCCGUGGAACUUCACGAUCCUAUAUAUGCGAGGCGGUUUUAUAGCACCUAUGAACAUAUGGAAGAAAGUAUGAUAAAGCUGGGACCCAAUACAAACGGAGAUGGAGAUGGUUUUACUAUGUGGCGAAGUUUGGUGCAUCAGACAGAAUUGACUGCUCAGUUGUGUUCAAUAAUGAGAGAUGUGAGAAAUGUGAAGGGCGGAACUCAAAAAAAGAUCGAAAAACUUAGGCAUCUUCUGUCCGGGCUUCUUAGUGAACUUACCUACUUUGAUGAGCCUAUACGUUCACCACUGGCACCAAGGAUCCUCAUAACAGGCAUCAUACCAUCAGAAUCAUCAAUUUUUAAAAGUGCAUUGCAUCCUCUGCGUUUGGCUUUCCGAACAGCAAAUGGUGGCACUUGCAAGGUCAUAUUUAAGAAGGGCGAUGACCUUAGGCAAGACCAGUUGGUUAUUCAAAUGGUGUCAUUAAUGGAUCGACUGCUCAAGUUGGAGAAUCUCGACCUGCAUUUAACUCCUUACACUGUGCUAGCAACAGGACAUGAUGAAGGGAUGAUGGAAUUCAUUCCAUCUAAGCCUUUAGCGCAGAUUCUAUCUGAGCAUCGAAGUAUUACAAGCUACUUGCAGAGAUUUCAUCCUGAUGAAGAUGGGCCUUUUGGAAUAACUGCAACCUGUCUGGAAACAUUUAUAAAAAGCUGCGCUGGUUAUUCUGUUAUCACAUACAUUCUCGGCAUUGGUGACAGGCACCUUGACAAUCUGCUGCUACAAGAAGAUGGCCGCCUCUUCCAUGUCGAUUUUGGUUUUAUACUUGGUCGAGAUCCAAAGCCCUUUCCACCACCUAUGAAACUCUGUAAAGAAAUGGUUGAAGCUAUGGGCGGAGCAGGAAGUCAAUACUACACCAGGUUCAAAUCCUAUUGCUGUGAAGCAUACAAUAUUCUCAGAAAGUCAAGCAACCUAAUACUCAACCUGUUUCACUUGAUGACGGGGUCUAACAUUCCCGACAUUGCUUCAGAUCCUGAAAAAGGCAUUCUCAAGCUUCAAGAAAAGUUCCGGUUGGAUUUAGAUGAUGAGGAGUCCAUAAACUUCUUCCAAGAUCUUAUCAAUGAGAGUGUCAGUGCAUUGUUCCCACAAAUGGUUGAAACCAUUCACCGCUGGGCUCAGUAUUGGCGGUGACAUCUAUAGUACCCUAUGAAGGCACUUCAUAUAGCAUAUAUGUUGUAGCUGAUCGAGUAAAUCAUAAUAUUCAAUGUGUUGAUCUUUCUUGCGGACGAGUAUCAUUUGGCCUCACUCCAUCCUUACCUAUAUUCUCCAGUUUGCUGUGGAUUUAGGUGAUGAAGAAAGAAGCAGGUACACUUAAUAUUAUAAUGCUAUACAUACAUAUAUAUAUAUAUACAUAUGUGUAUGUAUACAACUUGGGACUUUUGCUGUUUAAUGUUUUGUACAUAAACUGAUGUCUUGUAAGAAAUCGUAGGAUAAUUAUUAACUCGAUGUUUGGUUGUUCUUUCAACUAGUUUGAGAGAAUCUUGGCAA